UUUGUUCGAUAUCGGAUGCGGCCCUGCUUGCAUUCAUGCCAAGCUUAUCUCGGGAUGCAUACUUUAGCUCUUACACGCCUGUGCAUCCUCGCAUCCGUUCUCCUCUCUAAUGUCUUUGCGUCAUUUGGCAGAUUCUGAGCAAUCUGUGCGUCCGCGAUGCAUCUACGUCACACACUGUGUUUCCCCCCCAGCAGCAUCAGCUUUCCAGCGCAUCCCGCAGAAGCGCCGCCUCUCCUCGCUGUGACCUCGCUCGUGCCCUAACCUAACCGUGUUGCAUUCAUGCGAAGGGACGCGCGAGGUUAACGGGAGGAGGGCAGAUGUGAGGCAGACAGCAGCGCUCGUGUAUCCCAGCAGCGACAUGACCGAACUAGUGGUGCGGACCCUUCCGUCUCCUUCAGGUGUGCAGGGUCCCGGGCCGGACACUUAUAAAGGAUGGCUCUUUAAAUGGACCAACUACCUGAAGGGUUACCAGCGCCGGUGGUUCGUCCUGAGCAACGGCCUCCUGUCGUACCACAGGACUCAAGCAGAAAUGGCACACACCUGCCGAGGCACGAUUACCUUGGCGACGGUGCACAUAGAGGUGGGUGACACCUGUCACUUUGUGUUGACGAGUGGGGGGCGGAGCUACCACCUGAAGGCGUAUUCAGAGGGGGAGUGUCAGCGCUGGGUUUCUGCUCUGCAACAGGCCAAAGCAAACGCCACUCAAAUGAUGCCCCAUUCAGAUGACUCUGGUGAUGAGGGUCCACUAGCCCAGCCAGAUCGUGCUCUGAUCCAGGGGGCGCUCAAGACUCUGGCCAGCAAGCUUGAAGACCUCAGCACCUGCAACGAGCUCAUAGGGAAACACGGCGCCGCCCUCCAGCGCUCCCUCAGCGAACUGGAGGACCUGCGGGCCCCCACUGACGGCGCAGAUAAACUGAAGACCGUCAAUGAGCGAGCCACUCUCUUCCGCAUCACUUCCAAUGCUAUGAUCAAUGCCUGCCAGGACUUUGUGGAUCUAGCGGAGGCACACAGCCGGCGGUGGCAGCGCGCUCUACAGUAUGAGAGGGAACAGCGCCACCACCUGGAGGAGACUAUCGAGCAGCUAGCCAAACAGCACGACAGUCUGGAGAGAGCCUGGAGAGAAUCGCCCAGCACACACAAUAAAGGUGCAGAGGGAACACUGGAGGGAGAAUCCAGUGAAGAGAAUGAAGACAUAGAGUUCUUUGAUGCCAUGGAAGAUUCUCCUGCCUUCAUCACAGUGCCUGCAGACGAUCACUCACAACACAGACACUUGAGCAGUAAUCAGAACGUGACCAGUGGAAGUUUAUCCAGUAAUUGGAGCCAGGAUGACAAUGACGGUUCUGGUAGCUACUUGCGCAGGGGCAGACGCUGUCGUAUCCCAGAUAAGCCCAACUACUCCCUGAACCUGUGGAGCAUCAUGAAGAAUUGCAUUGGAAAGGAGCUCUCUAAAAUCCCCAUGCCUGUGAACUUCAACGAGCCGUUAUCGAUGCUGCAGCGUUUGACAGAGGAUCUUGAAUACAGCGAGCUCCUGGACCGGGCGGCACGCUGUGACUCCUCUCUGGAGCAGAUGUGUCUGGUGGCCGCCUUCUCCGUCUCGUCUUAUUCAACCACCGUCCACCGCACAGGGAAACCCUUCAACCCCCUGCUGGGAGAGACCUAUGAGCUGGACCGUGUGGAGGAGUAUGGAUACCGCUCCAUCUGUGAACAGAUAAGUCAUCACCCUCCGGCGGCUGCCCACCAUGUGAUAUCACAGCGAGGCUGGACCCUGUGGCAGGAGAUCACCAUCGACAGCAAAUUUCGUGGCAAAUACAUCUCUAUCAUGCCACUAGGCAACAUUCACCUGAAGUUCCACGCCAGUGGGAAUCAUUAUGUGUGGAGUAAGGUGACCUCCACUGUGCACAAUAUAAUCGUGGGCAAACUAUGGAUAGAUCAAUCUGGGGACAUUAUAAUCAUGAACCACAGGAACAAGGACAAAUGCCACCUCAAAUUCUCCCCAUACAGCUAUUUUUCCAGGGAUGUUCCCCGCAAGGUAACAGGCGUUGUGAUGGAUGGUGAAGGCUGUGCCCACUAUAUUCUCUCUGGAACGUGGGAUGAUAAAAUGGAAAGUGCAAAGAUCAUAGAGAGCAGCCACGGCUGUGGAGGAUCUGAAGGCAAACAGAAAACUGUCUAUCAGACUCUACCACCAAAACUAAUGUGGAAGAAAUACCCUCUGCCUGAAAAUGCAGAGAACAUGCAUUACUUCUCUUCUUUGGCUUUGACUCUGAAUGAGCUGGAGGAUGGCGUGGCCCCUACUGACAGCCGCCUACGGCCCGACCAACGACUGAUGGAGGCGGGCUUGUGGGAUGAAGCUAAUGCUGAGAAACAGCGUCUGGAGGAGCGUCAGAGACUGGAGAGGAGGAAGAGAGAGGCGCAGGCCAACCUCGCACUAGAAGAGGGUAAGGAGGCCGAGAGCCACCAGCCCUUGUGGUUUGAGAAAAGGACUGAUACAGAGACAGCUGAGAGCAGCUACGUGUAUAAAAGAGGCUACUGGGAAGCCAAAGACAGACAGGACUGGAGUCAUUGCCCUGCCAUCUUUUGAAGCCUCUCUUCCAUACCAGGACCAGCUUGCAAUUCCAAGUCAUCCAGUAUUAGGAAAGCUGCUUUCCAAUGUUUCCCAUUCCAAGGAGUUUCAAAGAUGUGGAAUAUGCAGAUUCCAAGGCACCCAUAUGUGUUCAUAUAUGUAUCUUAAUUUGGUAUGCAUUCAUGGGGGCAUUGAGACACCUGUAUUGUAACAGGCAUAAUUCACAUUGCAUGGAAAACCGUUCUAAGCACAAUAGAUGGAGGCACUUUAUAAAUGUCACAGUGACAGACGAUGAUCUGGGGAAUGUAACACUUCACCAGGGAAAAGAUUCUUCCUCAAAGCUGAUUUAUACCCUGGUUAAUAACUGUUUCAGGUCAACUGUAUGAUAUCCAUGAAUUAUACACCAUUGUGUGAAACAGACAUAUUCAGAGCUCAUGCUACUUUUGAAGUAUGAAGACCGAAUGCCCUCAAGACUGUGUUCCUCCAUUGAGCUGUAGUAUAGAUGAGGUGUUGUGUAGUUUCAAUAGUGCAAACAUGCUCCAUAAACAACCUAGAUAGAAUCCAGAUCAGUGAAUUGAUGUUGCUUCUACAAAAUAACAAUUACUAAGAUUUAGAUAUUUAAUGCGAGAAUUCGUUUUUAGCUGCCCGUUUAGUUAUUUAGCACAAGCGUAAUGUAAAUGUCAUUGUGUAGGUGAUUGAAAUUCUCCAUA